AUUGCAUUUUUAAUGGGAUGUUUAGGCAAGUAACACAAGCUAGAGUAUUGUGGAUUGCCUAUCAUUUAAUUUGAAAUUUUAAGUCAUUGUAAAAUUUUGCAAUAACGCAUUUGCAUUUUUGGAGUUUCUGAAACGAUCACAUUAUAAACGUCUUUAUUGCCAAGUUUUUCAAGGGGGCUUAGCGGUCAAGUUUAUUUUAAAGAAUAUGUCACAACAAGCAAGAAAACAAGACAUUUGAAAAGGGAUAAGAGAUCAGAAGUUUGAUAUCUCGCAUAAAUCCAUUUUAAGAGUGUUUGAAAGAUACAGAAAUACAGGUAAUCAUAUUCGAAGGCGUGGCGAAAGCAGAAAUACAGCUUCAAGUCUUGUACAAGAUCGUUUUCUACGACUUUGCAUCACAAGCAUUUUAAAUGAGUCUUUUUGAUAUACGAGUAGGAAGAAAAGUGUACAAUGGUUUGUGUUGCUGUAAAAGGAGUCCUUGGUAUUGGUGUCAUUCACAAACCUUUCAACACUGAAGCUCACACAUUUUGGGCAUGGGUUGGCAAAGUAAAAUCUUCCAAUUUAAAAUACGCGAGGAGCAAAAGUGAAAACAAAGAUAAUAAUCUUAAUGUCCUCACUGGUGAAAUAAAGAAAGUUUUACGUGAAAAAAUAAAAAUUGUGGACAUAAUUGAAGCCGCCGGUGCUGGCUAUAAAGCUUUAGAAGUUGUUUUGGACAAUGUGGAAGCUUAUUUGCAUAUUACUUCCAUCAUGAGGUGGGAUAUUUGUGCAGGAAACGCCAUAAUAAAGGCAGUGGAAGGUUAUGGCGUUCUCCAUGGGCUCGAUUUUCGAAUUGUGGAACUCUUGGUCCUGGACCAUUAUUUAUUUGGGAAUUUUGUCCUGAUUACGGUCAUCAUUAAAAUGUUUGCGCUAAUCGCAUUUUAUGGUACUGAAAGAAUAAAAUCCAACUUUGAAUUCAUGUUGGGGCACCUACAGUGAGUUUGUUGAGGAUACAGAAUGGUAUGGUUAUGGAUGGUACUAGUGGAUUAGGAUUUGUACAGUUACUACAAUGGUUUGUUACACUACACCAUGAUAGAUAAAUUCAAAGCUUCGCCCAAACUGUCGAACAAGCAGGACCCAAUUUUGCGUUACACUAGGAUGCAGUGGAACAGUAAUCGAACGAGUAUUUUGAGUACUCUGUAUGUGCUAUUUGCAAAAUGAGCAAAAUGCGAUUACGGGUGACUUCGAUUGUUGAUUCAAUGGGCCCUCCGAGUCCGGUUAUAACAGCUUAAGAUAACAACAAGUUAUAACGGGUUUAAGACAGGUAUUAAUCCGUUGCCGAGGACGAGAUUCAUUAUAGUUCCAAUUCGGAAGAGGAGCCUUUAGGAAGGGACUGUUUGUUGUUCCAAAAACUAAUAUAACGCAUGUUUGUCAAACGUACUGUAAUUUUUCCGAAAUUAUUUUUGUGUAUAAUUUAUAACAUUUAAUUUUAAAAGAAGUUUUGAAACUGUUAAUAGCUGCUAGAUAUUACGUAGGCGUACUCUCUGUUAUUUAUGUUAUUAGUUUCUUUAAAUAAAGUGUCAAAAUGU